AUGCAGGACACAGGGCUGUGGUCACAGCUCUGCCAGCUGGACCUGCUCAAAGCUGCUCAGGGCUCCAUCUUCUUCCCAUUGCCGGAUGGGACAGGCUUGUACUACCUCCUGCAAGGGACUGCUGAGGCCCCAAAGUGCUCAGGGACCAUUUUCCGGCAGGUACCGUGUAGGACUUCCUACACUGAGCUCAUCCCCGUCUCCAACUGGCUGAACAGACCACAAAGGUUCCUUGUGGUAGUGGACAUACUCAAACCAGAAAACCUGGAAAGCAGUUCUGUGCUGCAGGGGCUGGAAUACAUUGAUGUGCCAGGCUCUGCCAAGAAGGACUACAAGCUCACGUUCCUCUCCUACAAGGAAGGAGUCUUUAACACAGUGGUAACCUUCCUCAACGAGGUGACUGAGGAGUACUUGUUCUACAUGGUGACUUUCAAGGCCACUGCUUCAGGACCCAUCAGCACUGUUGAAGUGACCACUGCUGUUCGGCAGAGAGUGUCUUCCACCGUCAAGGUGGACAACCCUCUGCCUGUCCCGGUGACAUUCACCAUAGAUUGCAAAGUGCCCGACGUCAAUGUUCCCCCACAUUUCACUGUUCCUGCGCAGUCAGAGGCCGAUCUUGUCUUUGAGUACCAGCCACUGAAAAUGGGUGAGAGCACCGGGCGCCUGGUGCUCCAGAGCAGCGACUUGGGCUCUUUCUACUACAGCCUGCACCUGAAAGCCACCAUGAACAGACUGGAGAAGCCUCUCCACUUCUGCACAACACUGGGUUCUAGUCAGACCAUCACCACCAAAUUCAUGAAUUACAGCCGGCAGAAGACGGACUACCUCCUCCAGACCAACUGUGCCGACUUUCAGACGGAGAAAACCAUCAGUGUGGCUCCCGCCAGCCCGGGGGGCUCAGAGGUCAGCGUGGAGGUGACCUACGAGCCCUGCCAGCUGGGUGAAGCCAGGGCCACGCUGCAGCUCUCCUCGCUGCUUGGGGGGGAGUACAGCAUCCCCCUCUUCGGCCUCGCCCUCCCUCCCAAGCCCCAGGGCCCCUUCCCCAUCAAG